AUGACAGCCGCCACUCUGAAUGCCCCGCAGCUGCAGGCCUUGCUCGACAUCUUGCUCCAUCACGAGACAUAUGCAGAGGUACAAAGCUUCAAGGAAGCCGACGCCAUUGAUCACUAUGGAUUUCCCUUUGUCGACAAGGCUACGAAAGAGAAAUCAUCGUCGCCCUUGCUCCAGCUGCUCCUUACUCGCACGGUCUUGUCAAUACCUGGAAUCAAGGAUGUGUCCCCUGAAUUCUGGAAUGUCAAGUUCAAGGGGAUCAUGCGGAGAUUCGGGGAAGCAGAGUUGUCAGACAGCUACGACAAGGGGACCUUGGGCAGCAGAAAAAGGCUGGCCACCGCCGCAUCAGUUGUCCACGAGGCCGUCACGAGGGGUCUUCUCAGUGGCGUGUCGAAUGACCGACAGUCAGAUCUCCAGCACCACUACGAUACCAAGAAAGCCGAAGACCUUACCAGGGCUUGGCAGGAUUCGGUUCGGCAGCUGGUCUAUGGCAAUCUGAUUGACGAGUUAUUCGACCAGUUUACGAAAUCAGAAGACUUUGAGGGCCAUUCGCCAGCAAUCAAAGCAGCUGUGGAAUACGUCAUUUUCUACCUCGCGGCAUUCCUUCACUCAGUAUUCGUACUAUCAGCCGAGGGCCCUUAUCUCCUAAAGCUUCUGGACAAUGUCCACAAGCUAAUCCCGUACACGAUGAUAGGCCAAACGCUUCGAGUCGGCAACGCAGGAACAAUGAUCAACGGCUUGGUCAGGCUCUUUCUGGCCAAGGUCAGUGUUGGGUCUAUUACGAACUGGAUCGGGUUGACAUCGAAUGCUUCCGACGGCAUGAAUCUGAUGCAGAGAAUCAUUUCGAUGGUCCUUGGAUGGGAUGCAAGCGAAUUCCGCAAGGCCGCGGACAAUAUCAAGCACGGCAAGGAUGGAGUCAGCGAUGAACAUCUUGCAGCGAUUGACCAACAUCUACAAGCACCUCGCAAACAGCAUGAAGCGGUCCGCCAAAGGAGUAUGCAGGAGAACAAAUCCAUCAUUGUUGCCAUCCUCGAAUCUCAGGGGCAGGACGGGGCCGAGAACCUGACCGACGUCCAGCACACCCUGUGCCUGGAAUACUAUUCGGCUCAACUGGCAAUACGGGAUAGAGAGAAGAUCAUCGAGGUCUUGUGUACCCAGACGCCGGACCUCACGACAUCAAUAGUUCGUGACGGCGUGGCUGUAUACGAGCCUAUGAUCAGGACGAUUCACAAACAUGUGGACCUCCGAAAACACGUGGGCGCCUUCGAAAGCUUUUUGACCGACCUGAUAAAAACGAGCAAGCCAAAGCCCGACAAUGGCCAAGAUCAGAAUACCAUGUCUCCGCCGUCCGUCGAAGAUCUCGUAAGACUAUUCCAGAGAAACCGUCAUCUGGCCUACGCGUAUCUGCAUGAUUUCGCGACUGGCUGCCCUGACCUACGCGACACCUGGAAGGCAUGGGCCAAGGAAGCAGUGAAAGUUUUUCGACGAAAAUCGGAAGCGGGUGGGGACGAGAAAGAUGAGGCUACGAACAAAGCUGCAGCGAUGGAUAGCGAAAAGGCAAGCACUGGUGCUGGAGACAUGGAUCCGGAACUGCAGAAGAUGUUCAGAGGCCUGCCGGAAGAUCGGCGGAAGAGUGUCCAGGACACACUCGACGCACACUUCGCAUACCUCUCUGCCAUUGAGGGCGUCUCGAGGGAGCGAAUCCAACGCAUAAUCAGCAGCACCAGCAAUGAGACGAAACCGACUGGGGGCGGCAUGACUGGGCCGGGGAUAUACGCAUCGCGGUGGCAGUCUCUGCUAGACGAGACUAUGAUUACUCCAGGGAAGCCACACGGUCCGCCUAGACGGGGUGAGGACGUCAAGUCCCAGAAGGCGCUGGGCAAAACAGAGGCUGUGGCGAAUUCAGACACAUGGGAUCCGGAUGCUGUUGCGCAGCAUGAAGAGAAGGGGCGACUUACGGCACCGGAUCCGUCUAUGGUGAUCGACGCCUUUGCGGCCCAGUUCAAGGCCCUGAUCGCUGACUUAUCCAGCAGCGAACUGCCUCAGAGUUAA